CAGUUGGAGGUCAUGUGUUUUCAAAAUCAAAGUCCAGACCACUCCCCACCAAUUUGUUGUUCCCUUUCACGAUGAACCUUGGCCUAUGGUCAUCGUCAGUGCCUCGCCUACUCGCGCAAAAGGGCACUUGUCAAUUAGCGUCUGUGUCGCAGCGUGCUAACAGACCAAUAACACGUACAUACUCCAGCACAAGACUCGCUAUCCCGCCAUCCCGACCCUACCAAUUUCAUUUUGGCGCCAGCUGGGCAGCGAAGCCCCCAGAAAAAUCGCGCAUUCAUGUACCUUUCUCACCAGACACCACGGUAGGACGUUGGCGAGAUGAGAUGCUCGGAAAAUGGAAAAAUGUGACGAGCAGGGAUGCAGGAGAGGACUUUUUCUUCGUGACGGAGAUGCAAAAUUGUUCGGGAGUGUCAUUUGGUGUUGCUGACGGCGUGGGCGGAUGGGUUGACUCGGGCGUUGACCCGUCACUUUUUGCGCAAACACUCAUGUAUCAUGCACAUCGUUACUCACAACAUGGAUGGGCUGGUGAACCAGAAAUUGAUCCAACUCAAGAGUACGAGGAGCGCGAAAGAGUUGAGGGAUGGGAGUUGACACCGUAUAAAUGUCUUGAGUGCGCCUACCAUGGUGUAUUGCGGGAGCGUCUUGUCAAUGCAGGAUCUAGUACGGCUUGUUUAAUCAGUCUUAACGCAUCGUCAGGUGUAUUGCGAGCUGCAAAUCUUGGUGACAGCGGAUUUCUAAUCAUCCGAUCGUCUUCGGUAAUAUACCGACAACCACCGCAAACCCAUUUCUUCAAUUGUCCAUACCAGCUUACAAAAUUUCCGCCAAACAUGGUACCGUCCACUCACUUUGCUGAUCAACCAAAUCGGGCUGCUCAGUACGAGACCAAACUUCGGGAUGGUGAUAUUAUCAUUGCAUUCACUGAUGGACUAUCUGACAAUGUCUUUACGCCUGACAUUGUCGCUAUCUGCUCCCUUGUAGCUCGUUCAGGUGGUUCUGAAGAUGUACAGGCGCAGAUGAUGGCUAACCGCAUUAUCGAGUACGCACAAGUGUGGAUGCGAGAACGGAAGAAGAUGACCCCAUUUUCACGUGAAGCCUUACGGGAGGGACUUUAUUACAGAGGAGGGCCAUUGCUUUUAAUCCGUGGUAUCUUUGCUGACGUCGACGACUAUAGCGUUACCGUUGUCACAGCUAUAGUGCGCGAGACCGUAUGAUGUCUGAGCGCGACCUUCAUUGAAGAGUACACAUGGACAAUCGAUGCAACAAUCCAUAUCAUCUAUUACUAAUUACUCAGCGCCAUUUUUCGACUUGCAAUAUUACGCACUUUUUGUUAUAGCCCGAGAUUGUCUGGCAUGAUAAGAGGUCACCGGUUAACUUGCUUGGUAGUAGGCUUCGCGUAACGAUAGAGUAACAUGCAAUCUAGAGCAUACACCACGCAGCUUCAAUACAAUCCGAUGUCAGCAAAGUAGUCGGUCCGUCACCGACUUGUGAUAUCGUGUCGC